AUGAAAGACAUAUACAUACUUUUAGACAUUCUAUAAGUUAAUAAGAAAGUGCAUAUUCUCUUUAAUUCUAAGAUAUUUCUAAAUGUAUAGAUAAAGCAUUAUAAUAUUUAAAAACUUUAUAAUUCUUAUACUUAAAAAAUUAAUAAUAUUUUUUUAUAAAAAGUAAACCACUCUUUUACUCAUUCAUUUACUUACAAAUUAAAUGAAAAAAACAAUAGAUGGCGUUGGGUUAUUUUAUUAUUCAUAAUUCUUAGUAAUUUAGGUAACUUUUUUUCUGAUGAUUUUCCUGCAGUAUUAGAAAAUUAAUUAAAAACAUAACUUUAAAUGAGUGCUCUUUAAUAUAAUUUAUUAUACAGUAUUUUAUGUAUACCACCUUUAGCAUUAUUAGCUGGAUAUUUAAUAGAUAAAUUAGGAGUUUAUAAAGUAAUGAUUACAUGUAGUAUUUUAUAAAACAUAGGUUAAUCUUUGUUUACAUUUGGUUUAUAUUAAGAAAACUAUUAUACAAUUGUUUUUGGUAGAUUUAUUUUUGGAAUUGGUCUUGAGAAUUUUAAUAUUUGUGGAUUUAAUAUUAUUGAUAGAUGGUUUCCUAAAUCGGAGUUGUCUUUUGCAAUGGGUUUUAUAGUUUCUAUAGGACGUAUUUCUAUGCUAACUUCUAGUUUUGUAUAUCCUAUUUAAUAUGAUAAAAACAAAUUAUUAUGGGAGGCGGCUUUUAUAGGUGUUUAUGUAUGCAUUAUAUCUUUUUUUAGUGUUAUUUGUUUGAACUUUUUAGAUAGACAUUUAGCCACUGAUUAGGAAAAAUAAAAAGUUCAAACAGAAAAAAUUAAAUUUAAAGAUAUUAAAAAGUUUAAAGGAAUUUAUUGGCUUAUAAUAUUUACAAUUUGCUUCUCUUUUAUGAUAUUGGAACCUUUUAUGGCUAAUAUGUAAGAAAUCAUGAUAAUAAGGUAUGAUAUAUAAAGUAAUCAUGCAAGCAAUUUUUACACUUUCCCUUUUCUUUUAGGAGCAAUUUUUAUUCCUUUAGUAGGGAUUUUAGUUGAUAAAUUUGGAAACAGAGGAACUUUUGCAAUUUUAGGGGGUCUAUUAUUUAAUAGUUUCUUUUUAUUAUUAUAUAAAGAGGCUACAUGUCGAAAUGAAAAAGGUUGCUAUGUGUAUGUUUUUAUAGCAUUGUCAAUCCUUGGAUUAGGAUAUGGUAUAUUAUAAAGUGUAUUAUGGCCUUGCAUAAAUUUAGUUGUUCGUUAAAAAAACUUGGGUACUGCAGGAGGAGUGGCUAACUUUGUAUUAUAAACAGGAUUACUUAUUAAUCCUAUAUUUAUUGGAAUUAUUUAAGAUUAAUCUUAAUAGAAAUAUGGUUAUGAUAUGUUACUUUUAUUUUGUUUUGGAGAAAGUUUGCUUAUAACUUUAUUAGCUAUAAUUUUUACUUAUAAAGAUUAUAAAGAUUUAAGACUAAUAACUGAUGUAGAACCUAAAAUUGCUUUAAGCUAAAUUUGGGAAUAUUAGGAUUAAAGUUUAACGGAUUAAGAAAAUAUUUCUUUAAUUAAAGGAAAACUAUAACAUUAAUGA